ACAGGUGCUUGACAUAUCGUAUACUUUUCAUCAUUUCAUAUAUUAUGGUUCAUAGAAUAGUCGCUCAAGUUGACCCUUCUAUGUGAUCUUUAUAGUUUUUUGGAAUAACUUGUUAACAAAAUUUAGCGUAGUUUCUUCGGGAAUCAGUUCGCGAACGAAAUUCCCGUGGUGCAAAAAAGAGGUAAAGAAUUUAAGAAAAGUGGUACGCAAUUGGCCCUCAACGAGGGAGAAUCGAAAGCGUCGAAAGUAACGAGUCAUCUACCGAUUCAAGAUGGCAGAAGGCCAGGACACUCAAAAGAAAAUUACUGUUAACGUCAAAACGCCAAAAGAAAAACAAAGUGUCGAGAUCGAAGAAGGUGCAAGUAUUAAAGACUUCAAAAAAGCAAUCUCGAAGAAGUUCAAUGCUCAAACAGAGCAAUUAUGCCUAAUUUUUGCUGGGAAGAUUAUGAAAGAUUAUGAAACUUUAAGAACACAUAAUGUAAAAGAUGGUUUCACGGUGCAUCUGGUUAUCAAAGCACCAUGUACUCCUACUAAUCAGAAUCAAGAGUCCACACCAUCUCAAAGAUCACAUGCUGAUAUAAAUGCGAGUCCCUUUGGAUUAGGAAGUUUAGGAGGUCUUGUAGGUCUAACAUCGCUUGGUUCAGGGUCCACUAACUUCAUAGAUUUACAACAACGUAUGCAACGUGAAUUGUUGUUAAAUCCAGAAGCACUGCGUCAAGUACUUAAUCAUCCAUUGGUGCAGAGUUUAAUGAAUGACCCAGAAAGUAUGCGUAGUUUGGUUGCAGCCAAUCCACAAAUGCAAGAACUAAUGCAAAGCAGUCCAGAAAUUAAUCAGAUGUUAAAUAAUCCUGAAUUAUUGAGACAAACAAUGGAAUUAGCACGUAAUCCAUCAAUGCUUCAAGAAUUAAUGCGUUCUCAUGACAGAGCUAUAUCUAACCUAGAAAGCAUUCCUGGUGGUUAUAGUGCACUUCGUCGAAUGUAUCGUGACAUUCAGGAGCCUUUGUUUACAGCAGCAGACAAUGAACAAAAUCCUUUUGCAGCAUUAGUGCAAAACAAUAGCGGUGAGGAUAGUCAGAAUAAUCCACAGCAAGGCCAAGAAAAUAGGGAUCCAUUACCAAACCCUUGGUCUCAGAAUCAGAGUGACUCUUCAAAUCAGCAGCAACCGCAAUCGCAACAACAACAACAACAACAACAGCAGCAGCAGCAGCCACAGCAGCCAGGAAGAGGUCUUUUGAAUACACCGGGAAUGCAAAGUCUUGUGUCUCAAAUGAUGGAAAAUCCACAAUUGAUACGAAAUAUGUUAAAUGCUCCAUAUACAAGAUCUAUGUUAGAAGCUUUGGCAGCAGAUCCAGCUAUGGCUAAUAGAAUGAUUUCUGCUAAUCCUUUCCUUCGAGGAAAUCCACAGAUGCAAGAACAGAUGAGAGCUAUGAUGCCUGCAUUUAUCCAACAAAUGCAAAAUCCUCAAAUUCAAAAUGUCGUUACUAAUCCAGAUGCUUUAGCUGCUAUUAUGCAAAUUCAACAAGGCAUGGAACAGUUACGUACUGUCGCUCCCGAUCUUGUUGAAAAUAUGGGAUUGACUGUGCCACCUACAACUACAACACCUAAUGCAGGUGCAACAAAUCCAACACCACCGACGACAGAAUCAUCAGAUACGAACCAGCAAGAUUCUUUUUCUCAAUUUAUGGCACGCAUGGUAACGGCAAUGGCAUUAAAUCAAGGUGUAGAAGUGGAUGGGCAACCUGUUCCUCCACCGGAAGAACGUUACAGAGCGCAAUUAGAACAGCUUACAGCCAUGGGUUUUGUUAAUAGAGAGGCUAAUUUACAAGCAUUAAUCGCCACAUUCGGAGAUAUAAACGCUGCUGUUGAACGACUACUGUCCAAUGGACAAGUAUCUAUGAGCUAACCACCAAUAUGCAAUACUGUUAUUCCAUUACUAUUUCUAAUUUUUUCCUUAUUUACCUCUUACAACAGGCGUGGUGAGAGAUAUAUGAGGUAACUGACUGUCAGAAAAAAAAAAAAUUAUAAACUUCUACCCCAACUCUUGACAGAAUACACGCUACUGACUCGUUCAA